AAAUUUAGCAUUUUUUGGUGAUGUCAACCUAUCAUCUUCGCUUGUUUAUAUACGACGAUCAUAAUGCUUGGAAAUAUCUUAAGAAGCACAACAAACGUAGUAACCAGAGGCGUUGCUAGACCAGCUAUUGCGCCACGCUCAGUUAUUAUGCCAUCAACUAGCCGUUUAUAUCAUGAACGUGUUAUGGAUCACUAUCAGAACCCACGUAACGUCGGCUCAUUAAACAAAAACGACAAAGACGUUGGUACUGGUAUCGUUGGUGCACCUGCCUGUGGCGACGUUAUGAAAUUACAAAUAAUGGUAGAUGACAGCGGAUUAAUCUCAGACGUAAAAUUUAAAACUUUCGGUUGUGGAUCAGCCAUCGCAUCUUCCUCAUUCAUGACGGAGAGAGUUAAGGGAUUGACUUUAGAUGAAGCAGGUGCUAUCAAGAACACUGAGAUCGCUAGAGAGUUAUCCCUCCCACCUGUCAAGUUGCACUGUUCCAUGUUAGCAGAAGAUGCUAUCCGCUCUGCUAUAAGGAACUACAAAUCCAAAGCACAAGAGAGAGGCACAUCAUUCACAGGCUCAAUUGAUGUAUCCCAAUCAGUUUCCACUGGUGAAACGACGGCUGAACCAAAACCAGGUGUUGUUUAAUUAUUUUUCAUUAUUUUAUAUUUGUAUUAACGACAUUAUAUUAUAUUUCUUAUUAUC